AAUGCUAGGGCUGCUCACACUUGAACUGUGAUGUCAGGAAACAAAGCUGAGGGCAGUCUCCGAGGAGGGGGGCUAACUUGAUGGGGAGAUCACAAAACAGCAGCCAAAGGGAAAGGGCAGCCGAGCCUCUAGCCCUCUCUGACAUGGAGAAAGUUUCAUGGCCACUCCAGGACCACAACCCCACCUUCCAGCCCCCUCCCCAAGCCCAGCUCCUGAUGAGUAACAGCAGUGUCCGCACAUUCGAGGACCAGGUCCUCUGUCCCAUUUGCCUGGAGGUGUUCCGUAACCCAGUCACCACCGCCUGCGGGCACAACUUCUGCAUGACCUGCCUCCAAGGUUUCUGGGACUACCAGGCUACUGCGGGCGAGACCCUCUACUGCCCCCAGUGCCGAGAGAGCUUCCCAUCCAGACCGCGCCUCUGCAAGAAUGCCAUCCUGGAGGAGAUGGUGACCUGCUUCACCCAGGCCAAGGACCAGACCUUGGGGUCCUCACAGAUCCUGGCCGGGCCUCGGGACGUGCCUUGCGACUUCUGUUCACCCCAGAAGCUCAAGUCAGUAAAGUCGUGUCUGCAGUGCAUGGCCUCUCUGUGCGAGAAGCACCUGCGCAGCCACUUCGAGGACCAGGUGUUCCAGGACCACCAGCUGCUGGAGCCCGUGUGGGACCUCAAGAGCCGCCUGUGCCGGAAGCACCGCAAGCUGCGGCGGCUGUACUGUCGCACAGAAGGCUGCUGCGUGUGCGGGGCCUGUCUGCUGGAGGAGCACAAGAACCACGACACCAUCCCCCUGGAGGAGGAACGUGCCCGCAAGGAGGUGGAGGUUCGGAAGGUCCAGGCCAAUGUGGAAAACCAGAUGCUGAUCAUCAACUCUGACAGCCAGAAGCACCGAGGGCAGGUGGCCUUUCUCUUGAAAUUGAUCCAGACAACACGUGAUGAGGUGAACACCUGCUUCUCAGAGAUCAUCCAGGAGGUCAAACAGCUGCAGAUGAAGGUCUUGGAUUUUGUGGAGAAAGAGGAGGCGGCCGCUCUGGGGAAGCUGGGCAGCUCCAUCCAGCAGAGCCACAACCGGCUCCUGAAGCUGGAAGGGGACAGCAUCUGGCUCCGCACCCUGCUUGCCAACAGGAGUGACCAGCAAUUUCUGCAGGAGUUCCCCAGGCUGAAGCACUUCCCUGCCUGCAUGGAACCCCUGAUGGGAACCAACUGUGAGGAGAAACAGACCUUCCUCCAGUUGCCAGAGACUCUGGCCGAGCUCCGGACCCGGCUGAUGGACGUGGGUCUCAGCUUCAUCAAUCAGAUUCUCCUGAAGGGUGUUACAGCCUCCCGGAAGCCCACAUCUCUCUCUGCAAGGAUGCUGGGCUGUAAGAGUAUCCUCAGCAAAGCCCCUCCAUCUUCCCCAGGCAUUAAGAUGAACUCCUAUGAGGUGCUGCCCCCAGCUGUGGACAGGAAAAUACUUCUCAAAUGUUACUGCAACCUCAACUUUGACCCCACCACGGCCAGCGAGGAGCUGUUCCUGUUCAAGGAGACGCACUCGGUGCUGAACCUGGGCAUCCUCCUGGAGCCCCUCGGCGCGGGCGGCCCCGUCCCGGGCUUCAGGCAGUGGCCGCAGGUGCUGUGCUCGCGCGGCCUGUCCGAGGGCCGCCACUACUGGGAGGCCGACGUGUCCAACUCGUGGGUGUGCCUGGGCCUCACCUACCGCCGCAGCCCCCCGCUCGGCGGCCGCCCGCGCCGCAACACCGUCCACCUGCUGGGCCGCAACCCCUACUCGUGGUGCCUGGAGUGGGACUCGCUCAGGUUCUCCGUGUGGCACGACAACGCGCAGACGGUGCUGCACGGCGGCUACCACCGCACGCUCGGGGUGGCGCUCGACUGCGGCGCCGGCUGCCUGUCCUUCUACGGCGUGGCGGGCGGCCUGAGCCUGCUCCACCGCUUCCUCGGCUCCUUCCUGGAGCCGCUCUACCCCGCGGUCAUGGUCAGCAGCGGCGCCUCGGUCACGCUCAAGCAGCGCCCGGAGGCGGAGGCCUAGGUGCGGCCAAUAAACCUGGACCCCGA